UUUUAUUAGGAAUCAUGCUCGCUGGUGGCCAGUUAGAAACUAAGACUGAAGAAGAUGCUCUGUUUCAGCAUAACUUUAAGAAUCUUCAAGUGUUAGAUACAGUAGAGUUUAAUCUGAGAAAGACCCUGUAUAAAGCAUCCCACGCCUGAAUGCAUAGGUGUGGUGUUUUGAAGAAUGCAUUUGAGUAUACCCAGAGUCGUGAUUUUGACAUGGAUGAGAGCUUAAAGAAUGAAAAGAAAUGAUUUGGAAAUUGUCUGAAUAUUCAUGCAGAAGCUUAUUUUAAAUUCUUUGAUAAGCAAAUAAUUCAUCAACAGGAAGAUGUUAAGAAGAUUGAAGAGAUUAACAUAUCUGGAAAUAAAGGUAGUAUGCUUCUUGGUGGUGGAAUGGAGGAGCCACAUUAUGACAUCCCUGAUAUUAAAUAA